CCAGGUCUUUCUCUGCCUCUGUGGUGGAUAGUGGAGUGUUUCCCAUGUGGUAUUGGUGUGCUGGAUAUCCCUUCACUGGUAGCCUGGUAACAUACACUCCCAGGACUUUCUCUGCCUCUGUGGUGGAUAGUGGAGUGUUUCCCAUGUGGUAUUGGUGUGCUGGAUAUCCCUUCACUGGUAGCCUGGUAACAUACACUCCCAGGUCUUUCUCUGCCUCUGUGGUGGAUAGUGGAGUGUUUCCCAUGUGGUAUUGGUGUGCUGGAUAUCCCUUCACUGGUAGCCUGGUAACAUACACUCCCAGGUCUUUCUCUGCCUCUGUGGUGGAUAGUGGAGUGUUUCCCAUGUGGUAUUGGUGUGCUGGAUAUCCCUUCACUGGUAGCCUGGUAACAUACACUCCCAGGUCUUUCUCUGCCUCUGUGGUGGAUAGUGGAGUGUUUCCCAUGUGGUAUUGGUGUGCUGGAUAUCCCUUCACUGGUAGCCUGGUAACAUACACUCCCAGGUCUUUCUCUGCCUCUGUGGUGGAUAGUGGAGUGUUUCCCAUGUGGUAUUGGUGUGCUGGAUAUCCCUUCACUGGUAGCCUGGUAACAUACACUCCCAGGUCUUUCUCUGCCUCUGUGGUGGAUAGUGGAGUGUUUCCCAUGUGGUAUUGGUGUGCUGGAUAUCCCUUCACUGGUAGCCUGGUAACAUACACUCCCAGGUCUUUCUCUGCCUCUGUGGUGGAUAGUGGAGUGUUUCCCAUGUGGUAUUGGUGUGCUGGAUAUCCCUUCACUGGUAGCCUGGUAACAUACACUCCCAGGUCUUUCUCUGCCUCUGUGGUGGAUAGUGGAGUGUUUCCCAUGUGGUAUUGGUGUGCUGGAUAUCCCUUCACUGGUAGCCUGGUAACAUACACUCCCAGGUCUUUCUCUGCCUCUGUGGUGGAUAGUGGAGUGUUUCCCAUGUGGUAUUGGUGUGCUGGGUAUCCCCUCCCAAGAGACAAGACAGCCUGUGAUUACGAGGGCUGA